UUCCAUUCUUGCAUUGUUUCUCAUUCACUCCACCAGGAUGAGCAGGACGCACAUCCACUCCGUUAGGACAAGAACUUAAUACCAAAAGCUGGACACUUUUCUGGGAUUUGGAAUAAGCUCUUCCUCUUUUUUUCCUCUCUCGCCCUCUUUGAUGCUUUUCUAAACGAUCAGACAGCCCGUCAGAAAAAGUUGUGACAGAUUUAGAAAGCGGUUAAAAAGCAGAGAAAGUCCAGAGAGAGACAGACAGAGCUUUGCCCUGGAGGUUUCUGAGGAGGAAACAGGAGACAGAUAAAGAGGCAGCAAUAAGCUGAGAGAGAGACAGACAGACAGACAGACAGAGGGAGGGAAGAGCACAGCUGUUGUGUGAAGAGAAAAUAUAGAUAAAGAAAGCGGGGAGGUGUGAAGGGCGAAGAGAAGAGACUUACGAGGACAACCAAGGCUAGAGAGGAAGAAAAAGGGACACGCAUGGGAGAGUCAGCAAAUAAAAGACACGAGGUUGAGGAAUAAUUCAAGUUGAAGGUCACGAAACACAGAGAGAAGAAAAGCUGAAGAGAUAAAACGCAAACAGAGACUAAUAGUUGUUUCAAGAAGUAAGCAGACACCUGACAUCAACAGGGAGAAUGGAGACGCAGCGAGACCAGAGGAAAGACUUCCUCUGAAGUCAAAAGAAAAAAAGGGAACUGUGUUUGACAGAAAGAAGAGGAGACUGAUUUCCUCAUCAUGUUUUAUUCAGCUCUUUUCCCAAAUUCAAACAACCUGCGCCGGAAGAGCAACUUCGUCCCAGGAUAAAAUGAAGAGAGGAGCAAAGAGAUACCUGCCGAGUCUGUGAUACCCUCCUGCUCCUCCUUUUCCUCCCCUUCACCUCAGACUCCUCCACCUUCUUCUCCUCCUUCCUCUCUUUCACUUUACAUCCAGCUUUAAAUUCACCAACUUCCUUCUCCUCCUCUGUCCGGACAUCUCCUCUCCUCUCCUCUCCAUCUCCUCACUAUGUGGAUACCAGCUUUGCUCCUAUGGAUUCUUAAUAUCGGCAAUUUGUGCUCAGGACAAGACUAUAUGGACUAUUACCAAACUGGAGACAUGGGCACCGAGGCUCCAGCGUUGUCAGACGACCAGCCCAGUUUGGAGACAGUGACAAGUAUGGAUCAGCUAUUACAGCUCCUGUACCCCGAGUACAGCUUGCUCCAGCAGUGCCUGAGGAAGAAAUCGUGGCACGUCUCCUCUUCCCCCUCUUUUCCCUCCUCCUCGGGAAGCCCUUUAGUCCACUCUAACAAUGAGGAUCUGUGGGGUCAGCCGAGGGAGGAGGCUCUUUACAAAGUGGACGGGACUUUGGGAGUCAUCCUGGAGGAGAUCCAGCGGACCUCAUGCCAGCCCAGAGAGGUGUGUGUCGAGGUCGCCAAAGAAUACCCAGAAUCCACCAGUCAAUUCUACCUCCCUCGCUGCGUGGCGCUGCAUCGGUGCGGUGGAUGCUGCACCAACGAGGCCCUUUACUGUGCGAACACAAGUCACACACUUGUCAACAAGACGCUGAUGGAGCUGUCCCCACCCAGGAUGGAUCGCUCCGUCGUCAUGGUAACCUUCGUCAACCACACUACGUGCGAGUGCCUCUCCAAGCGGCCGCUUCACUCCAUCAUAAGACGAGCCACAACAGAUCACCUGUGCUCUCCACCCGAAGUUCCCUGUGCCUCUGGGUCAUUAUGGGAUCCAGUGAACUGUGUGUGCGUCUCCACAGACACCAUAAACUACUCUGACACUCAGGCGCUGGACUCAGGUCUGCUGGCUCUCUGUGGGCCCAACAGGGUUCUGGAUGACUCCACUUGCGACUGCGUCUGUCGAAACGGACUCACCGAGGACAGCUGCGAUCCAGGCUGGAAACUGGACCACAAAAACUGUGAAUGCCAGUGUGAAGGCCAAGGCGAGGGGAAGCUGUGUCCCACCGGCCAGCGCUGGGACGAGGAGCUGUGCGGCUGCGUGUGCGCUGCAGAGUGUCCCGGGAACCAGCCCCUCAACCCUGACACCUGCCUGUGUCAGUGCAGAGAGAGUGCGCAGUCGUGUCUGCGGCAGGGCAAGAGGUUCAACUCCAACACCUGCAGCUGUUACAGGUUGCCUUGCAGAAAGCCCAGACCAGUGUGCCAGACUGGUUUUUACUACAGCCACCAGGUCUGCCAGUGCAUCCCCAACUUCAUGAGGCCUAAGUGGAAUUAAUCAAUCACAGGCAGAGCGAAGAGACUGCGGAUGCCGCCAUUUAUCGCCCUUCAACACAAGGCCAGAAAUCUUUUGGCCUGAAAACAAAGGUGGGAGCAAGAGGGAGGAAGUGCCUCUUGCCAGGAGGGCAGGAAGGCGGAACUGCACAUUUACAUGUACUGGAUUACAACAGACUACAUGCAGCACUUGAGGAGUUUUAUUAGUGCUGUCUGUGCUCUGACCACAAAAGAGGAUGGGAGUGCUUCCCAGUCAAACACAAAGGGCCAAGUCAGCCACCCGUAUGCAGCGAAACGAGCAAAAGUGGAGUAAUCCCAGCCAAAGGGAGAAAGUGAGGAGAGGUAUUUGACUCUGAGAGUGUCCAUGUGUUGGCCUAAUAACGCGAUCCUGACUGGGAGCAACCAAUCGCACCUGGAGGGCGCCAAAACAGCCAAGGGGCGGGAUGGACCAAUGAGACUCAUUCCUGCUGCAACGUGUUUAAGCACGACCUGCAGAGACACGGCUUGUGACUGUGUGAAAUGGAAAGUGGAAUGAAUAAUAACAGACCCAACUCCAUGCCUUUUUUAUUAAAAGAUUAAAUAAGCUGUAGGCAACUUGAGUCAUGAGAUGCUUGAGGGCGAGAGGAUUUAUUCCAUAUAAAUCAUGUCAUGUGAUGUUGACGGGGCCCUCGCACACCCACUUUUAGUGGAGCUGGAAAUGGUGACUGUGUUUAUUGGUGGUCCACAGAGUUUAACAGAUUGCGUCUAUACUAAGCUCAUAGCUGGUUCGGCUCUUGAAGUCUAAUGCCAGACCCCGUUCAAUUAAACACUCCCAAACAGCUAUUAUAUUCUCCCGUUCCUACUUGCCUCCACUGCAGUGCUGCUCUUUGAAGAUUUCACUCAUACGUGGCUGAAUCCUAUCACAGCCGACGGUACAACACUUGGGUACAGGUCUAGAUCUUCUAGUAAUUUAACUUCACACACUCUUAAGUAAUAUUAUUUGUAAAUAUUUAAAUCUUUUUUCAUAUUUAAAACUGGUAUUUUGAAGAUGGAAUCGUGUUGUAAAUUACUGUAUUUAAGUCACAAUCAGCCCUGAAUGUAUUGAACUGAGCUCUGGGGGUAUUUUUAAAUAAUUAAUUCAACUGUUCAUUUAUGUCUUCUGUAUAUUUCGUCACCCAGAUCUGGUGGCAGGUAUCUACAUAUUGAUGGACAAUACAGCUAGAAGAAAACAUUACAUGUAAUGUAAUAUGUUAUUGUUAUUGUGGAAUGUAACUCCAUGUCUUUAUUAUCCCCCAAAUUUCCAGAAAGAUAAAAACAUGUAAUACAAUAAUGAUAAUACAUUGAAAUGGGUUUGAAAUGUUGUCACUGCUCCUUUAAAAAAAUAAAAUAAAAACCCCACACAAUUGCAUGUUAA